AUCUCGUGAUCGCCUCGGGAGCUUUGCCUCUCCACCCGAAACUGCCGGAGAAAGACUGAUCUAGCGAUGGCUUCGGAGGGCCCUGUCACGCGCCGAGUCCAGGUGGCAGAAUAUCCCAGAUUGCUGAAGCUAAAAGAGAUGUUUAACUCUAAGUUUGGAUCCAUACCCAAGUUUUAUGUUCGAGCACCAGGAAGAGUCAACAUAAUAGGAGAGCACAUAGAUUACUGUGGAUAUUCUGUUCUUCCUAUGGCUGUAGAACAAGACAUGUUAAUAGCUGUGGAACCUGUAAAAACACACACACUCUGUCUGUCCAAUACAAAUCCCUUGUAUCCGGACUUCAGUAUUAGUGCUAAUAACAUUCAGAUUGACAAAACCAAGCCUUUGUGGUACAACUAUUUCCUAUGUGGAUUUAAAGGAAUUCAGGAGCACUUUGGUCUUAGUAACCCGGCUGGAAUGAACUGCCUGGUAGAUGGAAAUAUCCCACCAAGUUCUGGCCUCUCGAGCUCUAGUGCUUUGGUCUGUUGUGCUGGCUUAGUGACACUCACAAUGCUGGGAAUGAACUUAUCCAAGGUGGAACUUGCAGAAAUCUGUGCCAAGAGUGAGCGUUAUAUUGGCACUGAAGGAGGAGGCAUGGACCAGUCCAUAUCAUUUCUUGCAGAAGAAGGAACUGCCAAGUUAAUAGAAUUCAGUCCUCUGAGGGCAACUGAUGUGAAACUCCCAAGUGGAGCAGUAUUUGUGAUUGCCAACAGCUGUGUGGAAAUGAAUAAGGCAGCAACUUCCCAUUUCAAUAUCAGGGUGAUGGAGUGUCGCCUGGCUGCAAAGCUCCUUGCGAAGUACAAAGGCUUGCAAUGGGACAAAGUCCUGCAGCUGGAAGAGGUGCAGGGCAGACUAGGGAUUAGUCUGGAAGAAAUGCAGGCAGUCACAGAGGAUGCCCUUCACUCCGAACCCUACAGCCAGGAGGAGAUUUGCAGGUGUCUGGGAAUUAGCCUGGAGGAACUCCGAACUCAAAUCCUGAGUCCAAAUACUCAAGAUG